GCCCCGACUCAACCCUUCUCCUCCCCGCAUGUGCACCCGCCAUAUCCUUCUCUCUACCUUUAUCCUCUCAACGACACUUUCAUUCCAAAACACAUCUCCCUCCACAGUGGCCAGCGCGUAAAGAUUGGGCGCCAGACAAACGCAAAGACAGUCCCAGCAGAGAGAAAUGGCUAUUUUGACUCGAAAGUGCUAAGCAGACAACAUGCAGAGAUAUGGGAGGACAGUGGAAAGAUAUACAUCAAAGACGUGAAAAGUUCCAAUGGCACUUUCAUCAAUGGCGAGCGGCUCAGCCCAGAGGGUGUCGAGUCCGAGCCAUUUGAACUCAAAAACGAUGAUAUCGUGGAAUUCGGUAUCGACAUUAUCGGUGAAGACAACAAGACCACCAUCCACCACAAAGUCGCUGCCCGUGUCAUGUGUGUGUUCACAGACGAAGACGCACAUCUCGCUGCCCGCGUAGAGGCCAUCCCAUCAUCCGCCUCUCUUCCUCCCAACAUCCCCUCCGUCCUCCCUCCCUCCGGUUCAUCAUCUGGAAGUAAUAAUAACUUUAGCUUUGCACAUCCACAGCGCCGCCCUACCCUCCAGAGCCAGCUCGGUGGCAUGGGCGGCAGUAUGCGGCCACCGGGCAAAAAUGGCCUUUCCUUUGACCACAUAUUGAGCAGACUUCAGGGCGAACUCCAGAAGAGCCGUGAUACUGGCGCAGAACUGCACUCCCUGAGCUCUUCAAUGAAUGACAUUCACGACACGCUCGGUGGCUCGGUGCCCCAAAACCUACCACACUUCCCCCAAUUACUCCCUCCCGUGCGUUCACAACAAGCCUCGACCACCUCUGCACCCACACCUGCAUCCGCCGCGCCCGCAAAUCCAGAACCCCCUGCACCUCCCCCAGAGCACCCUGGCCUUUCCGAGCUGCGCUCAGAGCUACAUGAGACCCAAGCCAGCCUCGCCAGCCACGUCGACAAGGUCCGCGCCCUCGAGGACAUGCUCGCAGAGCACGAGGCCAUCAAGGCCGAGGUCGCAGCUCUCCGUGACCUCAUCCACGCUUCAUCCGCACGUUCCCAGCACGACAAUGGCAUGCACAUAGACUUAGAGCGUGGUCGCCGUGGACACGACGAUGACGAUACAUCUAGCAUUCAUACGAUUACACCGCAUGAGCUGGAACGCGUUGAGGAGGAGGAUGAGAGUGAAGAACAGGAUGAGAGCGAGGAGGAUCGGGAGCGUGCACAGAGGAGGGAGGAGCUGGGUAGGCCACGGACGCCAGAGCCAUCGGGGAUGGGAAUGGACGAGGACGAGCUUGUGCAUGUCCCUGUUUCAGACGUUGAACCCUCGACGACACGACCACGAUCACGGUCCGCCUCGCCACAGCCAUCGCACCCCGCACUAGACGAGCUUUCAGCGCGAUUAGUAGCUCUCAGUGGACGCAUAGAUAGUGCUGUGGAAGUCAACCAUUCCCUGGCGGCGCAACACGCUGCCGCGCAGGGUACGAUCACCGUAUUACAGGACAAGAUCACUGCGCUGGAGGCGCUGGUUGCAGACCGGCAGCUCGAGACGCAGAUCGCUGCAGCUGUGGAGGCCCAGCUCGCCAAGGCCGUAGAAAGCGCAGUAGAGGCCCAGCUUCGCGCACAGAAACAACAGCAGUCAGACCCCGCUGAAGGGUUAACUGCGCUGAUGGCAGAGUGGAAGAAGGGUGUGGAGGGGCAAUGGAGCGCAGUGCAAGAAGAAUGGGGCGCGGAGCGUGAACGGCUACGCCGGGCCUUCGAGGGGCUGGAAAGCGGACUCGACGGACGGGUGUCGAAUGUUGUUGCCUCGCAUGUACAGGCGCAGACGCAUGCAAGGCUUCAGAACGGUGACCUCAAGCUGCAUACCACAAACGGGACGAACCCUGUAGGUGGAGGAUUGGUGACGCCUCCUAGUCCCGUAAGCGUCGCUUCUAACCCUGGUCGAGGGAAAACGCGACGACGAAGA